GCUUCCCUGGGCGGGCGGAGAGCGGCGCUGGGUCCCCGCGGCGCACGCUCCGCCCGAGCCUCCCCCUCUCCCGGCCGCCGCCGCCGCCGCUGCUGCCGCCACCGAGCCGCUCCCCUUCCCCCAGCCAGCGCUCCCGAGCAGGAGCUGCCGUGCCGCGGAGCAGGAGGCGGCGGGAGCGCCCAGGGCAGCGGACGGCGGGGUGGCGGCGGAGCGGCGAGCACCACCCGGCACGGAGGCUGCUCAAUGCUGCACCUUCCGGAGCUGCAUGAGAGGCCGGUAGAGGACUGUGGAGAAGGAAAGUUUAUAACCAGCAGCGCCAGGAUGGACUUCCCUGCUACCCAACCAAAACCUGCUGCCGACGGUAAAAUCAUCUACUAUCCUCCUGGAGUGAAGGAGAUUACAGACAAAAUUACCAACGAUGAGGUGGUUAAACGGUUAAAGAUGGUGGUGAAAACCUUCAUGGAUAUGGACCAGGACUCAGAAGAUGAGAAGCAGCAGUAUCUCCCAUUAGCCUUGCACCUUGCAUCUGAAUUCUUCCUCAGGAAUCCCAAUAAAGAUGUGCGCCUCCUUGUAGCAUGUUGCUUGGCUGAUAUCUUUCGUAUCUAUGCUCCUGAAGCUCCAUAUACUUCCCAUGACAAACUUAAGGACAUAUUCUUGUUUAUUACAAGACAAUUAAAAGGCUUGGAGGACACGAAGAGCCCUCAAUUUAACAGAUACUUUUACUUGUUAGAGAAUUUAGCUUGGGUCAAAUCUUACAACAUCUGCUUUGAGUUGGAAGAUUGCAAUGACAUUUUUAUUCAGCUUUUUAGGACUCUUUUUUCAGUUAUCAAUAAUAGCCACAACCAGAAGGUACAAAUGCAUAUGCUGGAUUUGAUGAGUUCUAUCAUCAUGGAAGGCGAUGGAGUAACUCAGGAGCUGCUGGACUCAAUUUUGAUUAACCUCAUUCCUGCACACAAGAACCUUAACAAACAAGCGUUUGAUCUUGCAAAAGUCCUGUUGAAAAGGACCGUCCAGACCAUUGAACCAUGUAUUGCCAAUUUUUUUAACCAGGUUCUGGUACUGGGAAAGUCUUCAGUAAGUGACUUAUCAGAACAUGUGUUUGACUUGAUACAAGAGCUUUUUGCCAUAGAUCCUCACUUACUGCUGUCUGUCAUGCCACAGCUGGAAUUCAAGCUGAAGAGCAAUGAUGGAGAAGAACGUUUGGCUGUUGUUCGACUUCUGGCUAAACUCUUUGGCUCCAAAGAUUCUGAUCUGGCCACACAAAAUCGACCUCUUUGGCAGUGCUUUCUUGGGCGGUUCAAUGAUAUCCAUGUCCCUGUGAGAUUAGAGAGUGUGAAAUUCGCCAGUCAUUGUUUAAUGAACCAUCCAGACUUAGCAAAAGACCUCACUGAAUAUUUGAAGGUUAGAUCACACGACCCAGAAGAAGCCAUUCGACAUGAUGUUAUUGUUACAAUUAUCACUGCGGGCAAGAGAGAUCUCUCUUUGGUCAAUGACCAGCUGCUUGGCUUUGUGAGGGAAAGAACGCUGGACAAACGGUGGCGAGUAAGAAAAGAAGCUAUGAUGGGUCUUGCCCAGCUGUACAAGAAGUACUGUCUUCAUGCUGAGGCUGGAAAAGAUGCUGCAGAGAAAGUGAGCUGGAUAAAGGAUAAACUUUUGCACAUAUAUUAUCAAAAUAGCAUUGAUGACAAAUUACUGGUAGAGAAAAUCUUUGCUCAGUAUCUUGUUCCACACAACUUGGAAACGGAAGAGCGAAUGAAGUGCUUGUACUAUUUGUAUGCUAGCUUGGAUCCAAAUGCUGUCAAAGCACUGAAUGAGAUGUGGAAGUGCCAGAACAUGCUAAGGAGUCAUGUACGAGAAUUGCUGGAUUUGCAUAAGCAGCCCACUUCAGAAGCAAACAGUGCUGCCAUGUUUGGAAAGCUGAUGACCAUAGCAAAAAACCUUCCAGAUCCUGGGAAAGCACAAGAUUUUGUGAAGAAAUUCAAUCAGGUUUUGGGUGAUGAUGAGAAACUUCGGUCCCAGCUUGAACUGUUAAUUAGCCCUACAUGUUCUUGUAAACAGGCAGAUGUCUGUGUGAGGGAGAUAGCCCGGAAACUUGCAAAUCCUAAGCAGCCAACAAAUCCUUUUCUGGAAAUGGUCAAAUUUCUUCUGGAAAGAAUUGCCCCUGUACAUAUUGAUUCAGAAGCCAUUAGUGCACUAGUAAAACUAAUGAAUAAAUCCAUAGAGGGGACAGCUGAUGAUGAGGAGGAGGGUGUAAGUCCUGAUACUGCUAUUCGUGCAGGGCUUGAACUUCUCAAGGUUCUGUCCUUUACACAUCCUACCUCGUUCCACUCUGCAGAGACCUAUGAGUCUCUACUGCAGUGCCUCAGGAUGGAAGAUGAUAAGGUAGCUGAGGCAGCCAUACAGAUUUUCAGAAACACGGGUCACAAAAUAGAAACAGACUUGCCACAGAUAAGAUCAACACUAAUUCCGAUUUUGCAUCAGAAAGCAAAAAGAGGCACUCCUCAUCAGGCAAAACAAGCUGUUCAUUGUAUACAUGCCAUAUUUUCAAAUAAAGAAGUACAACUUGCACAGAUCUUUGAGCCUCUUAGUAGAAGUUUGAAUGCUGAUGUACCAGAACAGCUUAUAACUCCCUUGGUCUCUUUGGGUCAUAUUUCUAUGUUGGCUCCAGACCAGUUUGCUUCUCCAAUGAAAUCUGUUGUUGCAAAUUUCAUUGUGAAAGAUCUCCUAAUGAAUGACAGGUCAACAGGUGAGAAAAAUGGAAAAUUGUGGUCUCCAGAUGAAGAAGUCUCUCCAGAAGUACUAGCAAAGGUGCAGGCAAUUAAACUUUUGCUGCGCUGGUUGUUGGGUAUGAAGAACAACCAGUCAAAAUCUGCCAAUUCCACACUCCGGUUGUUGUCAGCUAUGCUCGUCAGCGAAGGAGACUUGACAGAACAGAAGCGAAUCAGUAAAUCAGAUAUGUCUCGACUGAGAUUAGCUGCUGGUAGUGCAAUAAUGAAGCUUGCACAGGAACCCUGUUACCAUGAAAUAAUUACCCCAGAACAGUUCCAGCUCUGUGCACUCGUCAUUAAUGAUGAGUGCUACCAAGUGAGGCAGAUAUUUGCCCAGAAGCUGCAUAAGGCACUUGUGAAGUUACUGCUCCCUUUGGAAUAUAUGGCAAUCUUUGCUUUGUGUGCCAAAGACCCUGUGAAGGAGAGAAGAGCACAUGCCAGACAGUGCUUGCUGAAAAACAUCAGUAUACGAAGAGAAUAUAUUAAGCAGAAUCCUAUGGCUAAUGAAAAAUUGCUGUCCUUGCUGCCUGAAUAUGUGGUACCAUAUAUGAUUCACUUACUGGCACAUGAUCCAGAUUUCACAAAACCUCAGGAUGUUGAUCAGCUUCGUGAUGUCAAAGAGUGCCUGUGGUUCAUGCUUGAAGUUUUAAUGACAAAGAAUGAAAACAAUAGCCAUGCCUUCAUGAAAAAGAUGUCAGAAAACAUCAAGCUUACCCGAGAUGCUCAGUCUCCUGAUGAGCCAAAGGCCAAUGAAAAACUUUACACAGUAUGUGAUGUAGCACUAUGUGUAAUCAACAGCAAAAGUGCUUUGUGCAAUGCAGAUUCACCAAAGGACCCUGUAUUGCCAACCAAAUUUUUUACACAACCUGAAAAGGAUUUCUGCAAUGACAGGAAUUACAUUUCAGAAGAGACAAGGGUUCUUCUUUUGACGGGAAAGCCGAAACCGACCGGUGUAUUAGGCACAGUAAACAAACCAUUAUCUGCAACUGGAAGGAGACCAUAUAUUAGGACUACAGGAUCAGAGACUGGAAGCAGUGUAAACUCUGAGCUGAGCUCUUCUGCAGGAAACAGAUCAAGGGAACAAAGUUCAGAUAUAUCAGAAACCGGAGUCAGUGAAAAUGAUGAAAAUCCUGUGAGGAUUAUUUCAGUCACACCAGCAAAGACAGAACCUGUGAAAAACAAGGAGAUGAAUUCUGAUCAGACAACACAAGGAAAUAGCACUGAACGUGGGAAAAAGCGAACAGCAACAGCAUCUGGAACUGAGAAUAUUCAUCAAAAAACAGAAGAAAAAAGUGUAGAAGAAACAGGCCCAUCACUUGCAGCAAAAACCAGAAGAGGGCGACCAACCAAACCAGAACCUCAGGGUACCACUGCAAAAAACGAGGAAACAAACAAAGCACCUGUCAGGGGAAGGAAGAGGGCAGCUGCCAACCAGGAAGGCCCAGGGAGUUUAGAGGCAGGUAAUGCCAAAGCACCAAAACAGCAAGACACAGCAAAAAAGCCAGCAGCAGCACAGAGACAAAUUGACCUACAGAGGUAAAAAGAAAACUUGCUCGAAAAGGGAGGAAAUGAAGGCCAAAUAAAGGCAUGCUCCAAGCUUCUGCAAAAACUAGGAUUCAGAAAUUUCCUGUACAGGAACUGAAAUUACUUCAAAACACACAGCUUUCAGCUCUGAAACCAGAAGGAAAACUAUGCUUCCCUUUCACAUGAAAUUAAUCCUUCUCAAUGGAAAUGUAAAGCAGAAACUCUUGAGAAAGAGGCUAAAAGCAUCUGUACUUAUUUCCCCAGAGACUUUUUUUAUGAAAAGUCAAUAAUUAAGCAAAUUGCUUAACACUUGGUUCCAGUUCCUGCAUUCUGGAGUUUAAAAGUGUAUUUACACCAUUAACUUUCAUGCUGCAUUUUUUUUAAAGGAAGUCAGAGAAGGUCCUUACACUGACAUUGAAAAUUCAUGAUCCUAGAGCCAGGUAUUCCCAUGUUUCACAGAAAAGGUAGAAGUCUACUGAAUGGAUUUUAAACCAGACUAGAGGAAAAAAAAAUCACUUUUUUUUUUUUGCUUUACUUUUGGAGACUGUUUUAUGUAUAAUUCUUUCUGCCUGCCUACUUUUCUGCAAAAAUAAGAUGUACAGAUUUCAGUUCCCUGCUAUGAAAAGUCAUGUGGUGGCAAUUUUAUAAAUGUUGCUUUCUGAUUUUUAUCAGAGUGGGAAAGUAAUCACUUAAAAUUGUUAUUAAUUCGCAAGUAGACAUUUCAUUUUUUAAUUUUCCCUCCAUUUUAGUUUAAUAUAAUUUGCAAUAAAUGUACAUAUUGAUGUUUGUUUUAUAAAAACAUAUAUCACUUUUAAGUGUUUUUACUCCUGCGGUUCUGUUGGAAUAUUCUAAAUUUUAAAGGAGUAAAGACAGUCCAGCAUUUGAUUUUAUAAUGUUUGUCACCAGAUUUUUAUUAUUGAUGUAAAGAAAAAAAAAUCAGUUUUUAAAAAUAGUUGGACUUUGGCAGCUUUGUAAGGAAAGUUGGAAAUGUUUAGGAUUGCUCUCAAUUUUAAGCAUUGUGCUGAUUGGAAGUAAGUCUGUUUUGCAUUUUGUCUUCCUGUCCAGGCUCAUUUUUUAAUGUUUAUUUUAGAAGAUUGUUGCAUCAAUAUUAUGUUUCCUGGCAUUGUUCAGCAUAGAUACAGUGUACACUUUUACGUACACAUGAUCAUAUUUAAGUUUGUUGCAUAAAAUAAACGCUUCUAGGUGUCA